CAGCGCGCCACGUACUCACGAGUAUGAUAUUUCUUCUACUAGUGCUCCUUUUAGCUCGUUUAGUUGAAGCUGCAGAAGAUGUACCGAUCUGCGGCACAGGCAUUUUCGACAUACUGGACAUUUUGCCCGGAUUUCCACCUCCACCACAAAAACGUGACCAUGUGGCAGCGCUGGCCAAUGAGCGAGACCAAAUUUCAGUUCGAAUAUUUGAAAAUGACACUGCACCAAUUCCACCGGUGAGAUGCUCUUUACGGAUAGAAACCUGCCCCAGUUGUAUUAUAAACGUCAAACAUCGCCCUCCUGCAGAUUUUUUCAACGAGCGGGAUAUUCGAAUGAUGCCGAGUUGCUACGAAUCUCUUGAAGAUCCCUGCUUCGAUUUACGGUUUAUAGAAGAACGAGCUGACACUGCUCUUGAUUCUAUUUAUCAAAAGUCUUCCAUAUGGGAUUUUCCAAGAAGGUCUGAAGUGAACAGCACAGGCAAUUCGAUGGUUCUAACAAUGACUAUGUGGAACAUUGACUCCAACUCAACACUUGACACCUAUAUCGAAAGUUUAUUUCCAUUUACCAUCACUGCUGUCUCCAAUGAGGUGAUUAUAACCGGUACACCAUCUGAGAACAUCCUAUUACCCAAUCAGUCUGCACUAGGAUUCAUCGAAUCUCCAAGAUAUCCAGCCGCUUACCCACGUUCGUUGAUAAAGAACUACACAUUGGUGAAUUCCUACGAAGAGGGAUAUAUUCGCCUAAUAUUCGACGACUUCCAUGUACACUUCCAGAGUGAGAUGCAGAUUUUCGACACCGAUGGUCGUGAGCUAAUCAACACCAAAAGCGUAAAUCGUAGACCUCCGGCUAUAUUGUCCAGCGGAAAUAAGCUGACUCUCCGCUUCAGUGCUCAUGAUUUUACACAAACGGUUGGCUUUCGAGCGCGUUAUGAGUUUGUUGCUGACAAGGAAUGGUCCGAUAAGCCAAAUUCUAGAGAUUGCGACGAAUUCCUCGAAGGGUAUGGUGGAGAGAUCAAAAUGGACGGCAAUUUGCAUUUGAUUAAUACAUAUGUGGACUGUAUAUGGAUUAUAGGACGUUUUCCACAUAUGGCUCGAACUUUUGACAGAAUCUAUUUGAAGGUCGAAGAAUUCCAUAUGAAAGGUGUCGGACUUCGGUUAGAAAUUAGAGAAGGAGCCGCAUCAACUUCGGAUCGCCUUUUGCUUCUAUUCGAUUCACAAACACGUGAUCAGUUAGAGCACAAGCAACCGAGGCACGGCUACACUACCACAUCUUCAAUGCCAGCAUUUUACAUUCGGCUACGAGGAUACCUAUUGGGAAGCAGCGGCCUGGAAAUCGUUUACACUCAAUUCUACCGCUGGGCUACGGCGCUUUGUCCAGGUGCUGGAGAAUAUCACUGUGAUAACGCCCGAUGUGUCAAAUCUACGUUACGAUGUGAUGGAGUGAAUCAUUGCGGUGAUGGUAGCGAUGAACAAUGUCAACGACCAAUUUCGGAUUUCAAACAACCAGACGCUGACGUCUCCGGCCUCAUCGCUUUGGUGAUCGGAGUUUGUGGAUUGAUUUUGCUAAUUAUUUCCACUACUGCAGUGAUGGGUCGAUUCUACCGACGAAGAAUGGCAACACAACUUAGUCGAGCUGAUCUGCGAGCCACCCAUUAUCCCGAGAGUGCCGUUCCCACAAUGCAAACCGUGGGUGAAAGACGGUUUUACGUUGUUCCCGAGAGUCAAAUAUCGGUCAUUGAGGCUCCACCAUCAUAUGAUGAUGCCCUUAAACACCCAGCGGUUCCUGUGUCGCGAGCACCGGCCUAUAUGAAUCGUGGCUACAUAAGCAGUACAACAUCUGAGGAACGCAUGACUCAAUCACCGAUGACUGAGGCUCCUCCAUCUUUUGAUGAGGUUGCAGACACCACAACGGGCAGCGCCUCAGAGGCAGACGAUGAACGCAGUGAGAUCGCAACGCCUGAGGUCACGUCUCAUCCAUUGGAGUCCCCAACCGAACCGGAUGCCAAUGUUCCGUCCCCAAAUCCGCAACGGAAAGAUGACGAGUCUUGGGUCUAGUCAGCCAAAAGGCAGUGCGUGAAGGCUAAUAUCGGACGAGGGCGGUUGCCCAUUUGAGCGGGGCGUAGGGCGUACGAGCUCGCAAGACCGCCGCCUUUCUCAUGGAUCAGCCUUUACCCAAAUUUUAGCUCUUUCCAAAAUGUUCUUGACAAAAGGCUCAUCUUAUGUCACUGUCUCGUUAACCUUAAACUUAGCCUUCCCUACCUGAAAACACUCAUUCCUAAGACUUAAGCAACUCAACUCAUGUUCCCUAUUUCUCAGGCUUCAUCGCUUUAUAGUCAAUCCGGUUGCUAUGCCCAAGAGAUCAAAUCUGAGACCUUACUCACUACCUUACCCGUAGUCAUAUUAGAUUCUCAUAGUGCUUUCUUCAACAUUAAUGCAUUAUAGAUUUAUUCUGAUCUGUUUAAUUCAGAUUUCGUGAUACCGCCACAUAUUUUGCUCUUGCUAUGUCGUCAUUGUUACGGGUUUUCUAUGUUAUACAUUUGAUUUGUUUGUGCAGCUCUGGUGUACAAAAUGUGGAAAUAUAAAUGUGCAAA